AUGGAAGCAGAAGUGGAAGUCAGAUUGCUGCCAAUAGACUUUCUCAAAGACACCCCGCUGGAAUGCUCUUACGAAGCACUGUCAUGGUGCUGGGGUACAUCAAAGCCCACAGGACGCAUCAUCAUCCGAGAAGCCAGAAAGGGCCGCAAGGACGACAUACGACUGGAAAAGAAAGUCACUCCUGACCUGGUUGCCGCGUUGAAAGCGCUGCGCCACCAGAAAACAGACCGCUUUCUAUGGAUCGACCAAAUCUGUAUUGACCAGGACAACCCACUUGAGAAGAAUCAUCAGGUUGAAGUCAUGUCUGACAUCUAUGGUCGAGCACGCAAAGUCUGCAUCUGGCUUGGAGAGGGUGAUCGCUCGAGCCGGAUGGCAUUGAAAUUCAUCCAAAACGAGGUCCUACAGCUGCAAAACUUCGAUGAACUGUGCGAGAGUGAGAAGGCGAGUGAGAAAUGGUCUGCAUUGCUAGACCUCAUGCAAAGACCGUGGUUCUCAAGACGCUGGGUCGUUCAGGAGAUCGCGCUUGCACACAGAACAGUAGUAUACUGCGGGUCUGAUAAGAUCUUAUGGAAGAAAUUUGCUGUGGCUGUUGAGCUCUUCGUCGAAGUAGAGACUGCCACUCAUCGACUUUCUGAGGUAAUGAAGAAGGACCGCCGCUUCUACCACGUCCCGGGCUGGUUUGAAUACGUCUCCGCUCUUGGUGCCAGUCUCCUAGUAGAAGCGACUGGAAAACUGUUCCGUAACUACAAGCCUAAUGGCCCAAUGGAAUCAGAGGAUGACUCGGAGAGUGAGGAUGAUCCUGAUGCGGAAGACACCGACGAAGAAGAAGAAGUGGCCUCUGAGGCCGACGCCGGCAGCGAUGAGACGGCCGUUGAGCGCAGUGUCGACCGAAAGAUCUUGAAAGGACGUUCUCCAGGCCAGCCGCUUCUGACGCUUGAGUACCUUGUGUCAAGUCUGUCUAUAUUUGAAGUGACGACUCCUCAUGAUGCCGUCUAUGCUCUACUUGCUAUCGCUCGAGACACCACUCCCUUUGCCGAUGACAAAGGCGGCUUUCAUCGGCAGCUAACAAGUACACAAGAAGUCUUUGAGGCCUUUACACAGAAGAAAAGAUACAAAGUGGACUACAAGCAGCCGUUCGCAGAUACAUGCAAAGACUUUGUCGCCUUCUGCAUUGAGGAGUCCAAGGAUUCUUCACGAGCCUUGGACAUCAUAUGCAGGCCUUGGGCACCAGACGUCGCUAGUCAUGAUACGAAACAGAAAGGAAGACACAAACGAAAAGUUCAUCGCAAUCAUGGACGUUCCCAAUCCAGAUUUAGUGAAUAUUCUGAAAGCAACACUACGUCAACUGCAGAUAAUAUAGGAGAUGCUGAGCCGACGUGGCCACACAUGAACCAACAGAUUUCAGAAGAUGUUGACCAAGACAUCCCAUUACCUUCAUGGAUACCAUCGUUGUCAGGCGCAGCUUACGCGAUGUACUCUCAAGCGGGUGUACAUACUCUCAAGAUGGGUCGCAAGAAUGCCGAUACACUCGUUGGGUUACCCCCUUCUAACCAAUCCCUGGAGAGAAACUAUAAUGCGGCCGAGACCAGAGGUAUUGAGCGUAAGUCACUACGGUUUGUCAAGCGACCUGCAACGGGGCAUUGGAGUAUGUACGUCAAGGGCUUCGUCUUAGACAAAGCCUAUGAAAUACAGCCUUCAUCUCAGGGCGGCGCAAUCCCAUACAGCUGGGCGAUAGCAGGUGGCUGGUCAGAAGUGCCAGAUUCAGAUCCUCCUGAUGCCUUCUGGCGCACCCUGGUCGCUGAUCGCGGGCGUGAUGGAAGAAAUCCGCCUGUAUAUUACUCUCGUGCAUGUAAAGAGUCGUUCCUCAAAGGUGGUUUGUCAAGUGGAUCAGUCAACAUGACAGAUCUGAUCAAUAACGAGAGGUUCGGCCUUACUGGGCAGAGUGUCGAACGCAAUGACCUCAUCUGCAUCCUUUAUGGAUGUAGCGUCCCUGUCGCUCUACGCCGAUUGCGGAAGAACAAGGAAGACGUCAUAGCAGAGAUGCAAGAUGAUCUUCUUAUCCUGCACAGAAGAAUUUGCGCCAAAUAUCGAAAAGUCAGGGACGGCCGAGCUUAUCGUAGACAAAUUGCAAAUCUUGAUCGCGCCCUAAACUACUUCUGGGAAGGAGAGAUGAAAAAACGGUGGUAUGAAGACCCUGAUGGGCGCAAGGCUUGGCUGAAGACCCGGAAAGCCCAGAAAAGAUCCAUCCGUCAUGUGUGUGGGAAUUUAUACAAUCUGCUUCACGAGCCAGAUGAAGAGAAUGAGGUACUUCUAGCUUCCACUAAUCUGGAAAACAUUGAACAGUUGUUGGAGAGGCGAGCGUAUGUACAAUGGAAAGCUCAGAAACGAAAAAGCGGAGAGCUGCCAGUGAAAUGGUUUCGUAGAGGAGACAAGAGAACGUUCGCACUCCGGCUAAAAUGGGGACGAGUUUGGAAAUUGAACGUGCAGAAGCAAAAGGCCAAAAGAAAGGCUUUGGAGGGGAUGAGUACACCGAAAAACAUCUACCAACGAGCGACAUCUUUCCUCGGAGAAUCUUUCCUUUCCGUCCUCAACCCUCGGCAAAUUCUCGAUUUGGUCAGUCUUUUGCGUAGCAAAGUGCUUGGUUUCACGCCAGCCGAAGAUUAUACCAACCCACAGAGUUCUCCUACUCGUCACCGUCAAGAUGGGCUUACCAAACUUCGAGAAAAGGACGACAGCUACAUCCUUCGGCAUAAAAAGCGAUACCUUGAGCCGUACGAGGGACGUGUAGAUGAUGAUGGAAAAGUCGUAUUGAGUGAACCUGACUGGGAUAGCACGGAAAAAGAUAGUCUGCAUCUGCAAGAGAAAUGGUGCUACUACAAAUUUCUGGGUGAAUGUUACAUACAUGGUAUGAUGGAUGGGGAAGCCAUGGCACACCAGAACGAAAACGGCAUCCCGGCACAAGUAUUUGAACUCCGGUGA